AUGGAUGAAGAUUUAAUACGUGCAAGCUCUAUGAUUUCAUUAGGUGUCGAAGGUAUAGAAGUGACAAGAAGUAAUUUAUUUCCAGAGCUCUUAAGGGAUGAGGCAGUGACAAGACUAAAUGAACUUGGGAAGGUUAGUGAUGCUGAUGGCUAUCUUGAAAGGACGUUCCUGAGCCCCGGUUCUAUCAGAGCAGCAAAUCUUAUUCGUACAUGGAUGGAGGAUGCUGGUUUGACAACGUGGAUGGACCAAAUGGGCAAUGUGCAUGGUCGAACUGAAGGAAUGCAAACAAAUGGCAAGGCUCUGCUAAUGGGUUCUCAUUUGGACACAGUCAUUGAUGCUGGAAUUUUUGACGGUUCUCUAGGUAUACUUUCUGCCUUAUCCGCAUUGAAGGUUUUGAACAUCACAGGGAGGUUAAAGAAACUAAGGCGCCCGGUUGAGGUGAUUGCUUUCAGUGAUGAGGAAGGAGUUAGGUUUCAAUCUACCUUUCUAGGAAGUGCAGCUAUUGCUGGUGUGUUACCUGUAUCGGCAUUGCACAUUCGCGAUAAGAGUGGGUUGACAGUCCAACAUGUUUUGAAGGAGAAUUCUAUAGAAACUAAUGAGGAAAACUUAUUGCGCCUCAAGUAUGAUCCAGAAUCUGUUUGGGGUUACAUUGAGAUUCACAUUGAACAGGGACCUGUUCUAGAAUCAGCUGGUCUUCCACUUGGUGUGGUGGAAGGCAUUGCUGGACAGACUCGACUAAAGAGUGGAGACAAGGGUCCAAUCAAUAGCGGGAACAAGGGUGGGAGUGGGCCUUUGCUUGAAAUUUACUCACAGCAAGAGGAGAGUGAGAGCGACCCUCAGGAAUUAUUUCCUCAGGACUCUACAAGCUACAAGAUCUUCACAUUUGAGCUUCUGGAGGUCUCUUGUGGCCAUUUUCCAGUUUCUGUUGAGCUAAAGAUCAUUACUGGUGAUCCCUGCACUGUCUUGAUGGGUUCUAGAACUAAGCCUUUGGAUGCUGUAACAGUGAGAGGUUCACAGGGGCAUGCUGGAACGGUUCCCAUGUCUAUGCGUCAGGAUCCCAUGGCUGCUGCUGCAGAAUUAAUUGUAUUAUUGGAAAGUCUCUGUAAAAAUCCAAAAGAUUUUCUAUCCUACGAUGGUCAGUGCAGUGCUAUUGAGGUGGAAUCUCUUGGAAAAUCUCUUGUCUGUACCGUUGGAGAGAUAUCUACCUGGCCAAGCGCAAGUAACGUCAUUCCAGGGCAGGUAACAUUCACAGUAGAUAUACGUGCAGUGGAUGACAUGGGACGAGAGGCUAUUAUUUACGAGUUGUCUAACAGGGUGUACCAAAUAUGUGAUCGACGUUCUGUUGCUUGUAUCAUUGAACGUAAGCAUGAUGCCAAUGCGGUGAUUUGUGAUACUGAAUUGAGUUCACAGCUGAAAUCUGCCGCUUACUCUGCUCUAAAGAGAAUGACAGGUGAGGAUGUAGAUAAUGUGCCUGUCCUGAUGAGUGGAGCAGGACAUGAUGUGAUGGCCAUGUCUCAUAUAGCCAAGGUUGGCAUGCUCUUUGUGCGUUGCCGCGGAGGCGUGAGUCAUUCUCCUGCAGAGUAUGUUCUGGACGAUGAUGUCUGGGCUGCUGGUUUGGCAAUCUUAGCAAUUCUGGAGACCCUCUUGUAA